CAGACGGUGGUCUUCGUCCAUGGAACACCGUGGUCAUCCAAAGUAUUUGUGCCAAUAGCCGAAGCACUACACAAGUCCUUUAAAUUCCGGGUAUUGUUGUACGACCUUGGCGGAUAUGGGCAGUCGCAAGUUUGCCCAAACAUGACCCCCAUCGAUCCCAAUGGUUUCGUGGGAGAAACCUCAGUGCGGACGCAAGGCAACAUACUUGCAGCUCUGCUCGCACACCUUCAGAUGGACGGCAAGGAGUCUCACACGCGACCUGCCCUCAUCGCCCAUGACAUUGCCGGCACUAUUGCAUUACGAGCCCACUUAUUGCACGGUUGUGAGUACUCCAGCCUAAUGCUCUGGGACACGAACACGAUCCUUCCAUGGGGUGAUGGAUUCUAUAAGCUGGUUCGGGCGAAUCCCAACGUGUUCGUAGAGAUGCCGCAAAAUAUCUUCUUAGCCGUCGUGGACGCUGUAACUCGCAGUGCUCUCUGCCGCGGUGCAACCACGACCGGUGAUGUUGGUCGUUGGGUGGAAGCUCUUGCCGCGCCUUGGUCGGUAGACCAUGACGCACCGGGCCUUGUCUCGGGCCAGAGCAGCUUCGUGCGCCAGAUUGCACAAGCAAACGACGCGGACGUGGCUGAGAUGCUCGACCAGAACUUGUACAGCCAAGUGCGUUGCGACGUAAAGAUUCUGUGGGGUGAAGAAGACCAGUGGAUUCCGCGUCCGAAGAUGGACAAGCUCGUGGAGCUGCUGGGAGAUCGUAUGAAGAGCUUCGUCCCUGUACCGCGUGCGGGACAUCUCAUUAUGAUUGACCAACCAGAGCUCGUCACUGUCGAGGUUGUGACGUGGCUG